AUGCUGGCGCCCGAGUGCUCACAGGAAUGUGGCCGUGGAGACACUGUGCUGGGGGUGCAGCUGGUCUCCUCAGUCACCUUCAAUGGCCUCAUCCUGCCAGUCUGCCUCCCCCAAUCUGGAGAUGCUCUGGAUCCUGGGGGCUCCAGCCCGGCCCGGAGUAGUAGGAAGCAGAGGGGCCGCCAGGCUGCAGGAGAGGAGGCCAUGAGCACUCGGGGAGAGAAGCUGCUGCUGCUGGCGCUGCUGCUGGCGCUGCUGCUGGCGCGGGUGGGACCCGAGGAGGAGGAAUCACAGGAAGUGGACCUGUUGUCAGGGCCGUGCGGCCACCGGACCAUCCCGUCCCGCGUGGUGGGUGGAGAUGAUGCGAAGCUCGGGAGCUGGCCAUGGCAAGGGAGCCUGCGCCUGUGGGGCAGCCACGUGUGUGGAGCCAGCCUGCUCAGCCGCCGCUGGGUGCUUACUGCCGCCCACUGCUUUGAAAAGUCCCUUGAUCCCUAUGAGUGGACAGUCCAAUUUGGCGAGCUGACUUCCAGGCCAUCUAUCUGGAACCUGCAGGCCUACUACAGUCGCUACCAAGUGCAGAAUAUCUUUCUGAACCCCAGCUUCAAGGGGGUGGCACCCUAUGACAUUGCCCUGCUAAGGCUGGACUCCUCUGUCAUGUACACAAACCUUAUCCAGCCCAUUUGCAUCGUGCCCUCCAUGUUGGAAUUCGAGAACCGUACUGACUGCUGGGUGACUGGCUGGGGGAACAUCGAAGAGGAAGUAGGGCUGCCAUCUCCUUACACCCUCCAGGAAGUGCAGGUCUCCAUCAUCAACUCGACCAUGUGUAACCACUUGUUCCAUGCAUCAGACUUCCGCUAUAAUAUCUGGGGAGACAUGGUUUGCGCUGGAGAGGCUGAAGGCGGCAAGGAUUCCUGCUUCGGUGACUCAGGAGGACCCUUAGUCUGCGACCUGGAAGGGCUGUGGUAUCAGAUUGGAAUUGUGAGCUGGGGAGUGGGCUGUGGUCAGCCCAACCGGCCUGGAGUCUACACCAACGUCAGUCAGCACUACAACUGGAUCCGGAGGCUGAUGAUAGCCCAUAAUGGCAUGCCCAGGCCUGACCCCUUCCCUGCACUGCUGUUCCUUACCCUGCCCUGGACUCCCAGGCUCCUGGGGCCAGUCUGA